AUGUCGGAAGACAGAAGGGACAAACGAAAGGGCUUAGAGAAAGCACUCCACCAGAUUGAGCAGGCCAUCAAGCGCCCCAAGGCUGAUCACCCUGCUGCUGAAGCUGCUCAGAAAAUGAUUUCCGAUCUCCAAGAUCUGCUCAGCAAAACUCAAAGGCAAAAAUCUCAGAACGAGAGUGAGGACUUUUCCGAGGAUCCCGAUCAACCGGAACCUCUGCAUUUUCCCCGCGAUUCCAACUCUGGGGAAAGCCUGGCGCUGGACGAUGCAGAAAACCCCUUACAGUUACUCGCCCGCGCUUCCGAUCUCCAGCUAUCCCCAAAUGAUGCACGGGAUACGGCAACGUGGCCUUCAUUCGCGACUCCGCAGCCAGCGUCGGGCUUGUCAAUGGCCGCCGAGAGUAACGCCACUGCGACGAAACCCUUUUUCGUGCCGGUCAGAGCUAGCCUAGAUAUCGGGCCGGAUAUGGAUCCUAUCGACGUCGGGCUUGUGACUCUGCCGGAAGCUGAAUCUCUUUUCACGUUUUUUCACCAGAACCUCGCACAUACCAGAUGGGGCCUUGAUCCUUUGAUUCAUACCGUCGAGUUUGUUCGAUCUCAAUCAGCCUUCCUCUUCACGUCGAUCAUGGCUACCACUGCCCUAUUUCUGCCGUCAGCAGCAGCAAUGUCCAAAAGACUGUCCAGACAUAGCAAGUUGUUGGCCAACAAGGUAGUGCAAGAGCGCCUCAGAUCGGUAGAAAUUGUCCUAGCUUUCAUGGUCAACGUUCCAUGGAUGGCGCCGGGAGGUUGCCUGGGUGAUGAUGAUGCUUGCCCCUACAUUGCCAUGGCUUUGACGGUGGCACUGGAUUUGUCCCUGAACAAAAUAGUAUUGCCGUCAACAAGCUUUGACAUUGGGCUUUUACGAAAACUUGCUAAAGUCGAUUGCAUUGAUGCUAGAAGGGCUUUGCAGAUUGAUGGUUUUGAAGACAUUGACCCCGGUUCUGAUCGGGGCCGAAGACUACUACGAAGACGAGAGAGAACGUGGAUAGCCUUGUUCGUCCUCGAGCGUGGUGUAUGCCUAGCUCGCGGGAGGAGUUAUACAGUGCCCCCAACUGCCCUGAUUGAGAACUGCGAUCGCUGGCAUAUCUCAGAUCUUGCAGAUUCUCGUGAUGGCGCCAUGAAUUCGAUGGCUAUCCUUCGAAGGAACCUGGAUGGGCUCUUCACAAGGGUCAAGUCCAACUGUGAUAGCUACCAGGGGAGCAGCACUGGUUCUGGAGUCGCACAAUCAAUCAAGGAAACGAUAGAGAGGUUUUAUACUGAAUGGUACGAAACAUGGGCGCCGGAGAUCGGCGAAGGCCAAUUACGAACCCUUCCGCCGUAUGUGGAAAUUCUGGUUACGCAUACACAACUUUCGACGUACGGUGGCGUGAUAAAUCACCCUACAGCGCCUGUUGAAGUCAAGCGGUUCUUUCGUGCGGCUGGCCUUUCCUCGGCCCUGAAUGUCAUGCGGGCCGCCAUCCAAGGUGAAGCGAGGUUGAAGUCAAUGCCGAACAAUACCGUCAUCAUGAUUUCUUUCGCUGCAUGCUCCGCACUGAGCCUCAGCGCGAUGCCAACCGAUAGCAGUUCCAGCUUGGCCCCAAGUGUUCGGAACCUGAUUGAAGAAACUGCUGGAGUCCUCGAAAGGAUCGGAACUACUCCCGGUCAUAGAAACGGAGCAUCUGUACUUUACGGGAGGUUCCUGCGUGAACUUGUUCGACGUACACCGGCCAGUGUAGACCCACAGGCUCAGGCAGAUCCUCGAGCUCCUCAAACAGAAGCACUCCCGUCGACGACCCUGGAUACAGUUAAUUCCAUUCCAACCACCGUUCAAGAGGCCUUCGCGCCUUCCGUAUUCUGGUCUGAGCCGAUGCAGUUCUCGGCCAUGUCUGACGAUCAGAUUAUCGAUGCUGUCAACCGGGCUGGUAUCGCUUUCGGAGCGAGCGUUCCAGAUGUUCCUCUCGAUGACAUGAUGAGCUGGGAUUGGCUCGACAUAGGCAACCCCGAGUUCAAUUUCUGA